UCAGGAGAGUGUGGUGUCUGAUUAGAGCGGGCUAGCCAGCGGCGAGCGUUUCAGUCUAACAAGUCGAAUUCAAGACUGGAGACCGCGAAGGACAUCUGCGAGCUCCCCGUCCAGAGCCACGUGGUUGAGAUGCAUGUUGGAUUCAAAUUUGAUCGGCGCCGCAUAGCGCGCCUUCGCUGCGGUCUGGGCGCGUAGCCCCUUGUGGGGAACUUCACGUGAUACCACUUGGUCUUGCACCGCUCAUGAUCAACUUUUGGCUCUUCUGCGCCUUCACUCCACGCAAGACCGACUAGCUGGGCACGCCAUCAGUCACAGUCACGGGUCGAGGCACACCGCACUUUUUCAAGUCAAAACGCAGUGAGACGAUUGUUCCAUCUUCGCUGCUCGAAGACACUUUUGGCUUGAACGAGCAUCAAGACUCGAACGUCGUAUCCACAGUCUGAGUCGCGCGGGGAAUGUGUGGACAGGUGGAUGGAUGCUGCUGACGAGGUGGACGAUCGCGGUGACUACCCGUUGCCGUCCCAAGCGACCAUCACUGGCCUCUGUGUGAGAGGGACACAAUCAGCGUGACUGCACAAUGCAUGACCAGGCUUCAGCCCUGCUACCAAGUCCCUUCGUUCGCUUAUUCAGUACAUGCUUCGACGUUUUGACCGACUGCGUUCGCUUGCUGUUUAGCCUCACGCUUAGACAACUCUGCAUUGCAUCGGUCGAGGAAGUCGUGCAAUGCUGCUCAAACUUCCACAUGCUCAACGAGCUUCGGCUCUAGAUGCUAGCAAGGGGCUAGUGAACUGUGUCGGUAGCCCGCGACAUUCAUGCGCGCCAUAAAAGGCGCCGUCAGUCGAAGAGGGGUGAGCGUCGCAGAGCGAAUCAGCUCAGGCGACAGGCACAUUGAGAUCACUGUCGCGUGGGACGAAAGUGUCAUUGCAAUAGGCCAGUCGACGCGCAGAACGCGGCAAUAUGUACAGAGCGGGGCCGGGCAAGAUAGCAGCAGAUGUUGCACAAACGUAGACUUCCUGCAGGGACUGGAGGACCCUAGCGCUCAGUGAGGACGUCGACGUCAUCAGGAACCGCCGCAGUAUAGCGAUUCUCU